GAUUUUGAAGGUUAAUGAUUUUAACAUAACUAUAAAUACGCAAUACUCCAAAUUUAACCAUUGCAGUUUGUAGCAGCUUCAAAAGUGCAAACAACAUGAACUCAUUGCUAGCGGUAUUUUGCUUGGCAUUUGCCAUGGCAUCUGCAUCUGUAAUUCAUCACGCCCCUGCGCCGCUUGCUGCCCUUCCGUAUGAAGGGGGCGCCGUUCUUAAAGGGCCUUCUUUUUCUUCCGUUUCAGUCGGACCGGACGGUAGCAGCAUCUCCUCCGUAGAAGACUCAGGCGCAGUAGAAAUAGGUUCCAAAGCUGCUGUUGCUUACGCUGCUCCAGCUGCUGUAUUUCCUCCACCACCUGCACCAGUAGCAUAUACAGCUUCAGCUGCACUUCCUCCACCCGUUCCAGCAUCCAUUUCCUAUUCUGCAUCAACAGUUCACCAUCCACCUCCCGCACCAGUUGCUGUUGCUACACGAGCUUACCUUCCUCCGCCACCAGCACCUGCACCAGUUGCCUAUGCAGCUCCAGCUGUACUUCCGCCACCCGUCCCAGCAUCCAUUUCCUAUUCUGCAUCAACAGUUCACCAUCCACCUACCGCGCCAGUUGCUGUUGCUACCCGAGCUUACCUUCCUCCACCACCAGCACCUGUACCAGUUGCCUAUGCUGCUCCAGCUGUAAUUCCUCCACCACCAGCCCCAGUAGCUUACGCUGCAGGCCCCGUAGUUGAUCCACACCUAGUUUCAACAGCGUAUGCAGGACCAGUCCCAACUGGUACCCUGAUUGACGGACCCUCAGGUAGAAUCGAAACAUCGGGAUCAGCUGUAGGCGUCAUUGCUCAAACCGGACAUGUACCAUGGUCACCAGCUCCUGCUGUUGAAGCUAGGAUUGGUUGGUAAAAAUAUUCAAAGCACUAUUUCAUGUUCGAUAUUGUAGUGGUUUGGUGUAAAUAAAUUUACAGUUAUGGUACUCAA